AAAAACACACCCUCACACAGAGUCUGCACGAGUCCUAUUGACAGAGAGCAGGACACUUCAGGCUGUCUAAAGAUCACACAGAGCUCGCCACUUCACUUCUGAGCGCGGUUUACUCUACAAAUACUGUUUCUGCUGUGCGGGAGGCGCGUGUGUCUCCAAACCCCGCUUUAAAACAAGAAAAAUGUCAGUGAACCCGAAAUUUGUGAGUCCUUUCCACAGACCGCACUGUUUAUCAGCCGCUGCGCCCGCCGGACAAGCCAAACUCACACACCCUGGAAAGGCCAUUUUAGCUGGUGGGAUUGCUGGAGGCAUUGAAAUCUGCAUCACAUUUCCUACAGAGUAUGUGAAAACUCAGAUACAGUUAGAUGAGAAGGCAAACCCGCCUCGCUACAAAGGCAUCGUUGACUGUGUGAAGCAGACGGUGCAUGAUCAUGGCGUGAAGGGUCUGUACCGCGGUCUGAGCUCUCUGGUCUAUGGCUCAAUUCCCAAAGCCGCGGUGAGCUCCUGUAGAUUCUACAAAGGCACCGUGCCCAGGUUAGGUCGGGUGUGUAUGGACGUGGCUAUAGUGUUCAUAAUCUACGAGGAAGUGGUUAAAGUUCUCAACAAGGUGUGGAAGACAGAUUAAUGGAAGCGUGAUGCUGAUGGGCGGAGUCUGGCCUUCAUGACAGCAUAUUACAGCAUUUACUCCGCAGGCAAAAUAUCUGCCAACAGCAGAUGACACAGAAAGUCACUGGAAUGUACUUAAUUAUCCUCAUUUAAUCAACACAGAGAGAGAGAGAGAGAGAGAGAGAUUUCCCCAACUAAUGUGAGAAAGACACCAAAUACUU